GACGACAGAUGGACACUAAAAACUCUAGAAUGGAUCCCUCGCGAAGUAAAACGUCCUCGAGGGAGGCCAUCGAUCAGAUGGGCUGACGUGUUCGUGGCACGGAUGGACCAGCUGAAUUCUCAGUUGGUAACGAGUAAUGGAUAUGGACCUCGCGAACGUCGCCGCCGCACCUCAAUACCAACAUCGUGGAUGAGCUAG